AUCCGUCUUUCUUCCCAAUAUACCCUUGCCACACUAUGUUAAUCACAAUCAAGAAAAAUAGGUCCCACCUCGCUUGCUCUUCCUGAAGGCCUGGAAAAUCUCAGCUCAACGCUCCACAGCAAUGCUACUCUCUCCGUCGAGCUCCACCCAAAGAUCCCCCACCAAAAUGCUCGAUCGCGUCCUGUCCUCGCGCCGAUACGCGCCGUACGCAGACGAAUCCGCCGUGGAAAACGACGUCGUCGCCGACGAGUCCAAGAUCAAGAAGCACCUCCCCUUCUCCUUCUUCACCACCCGAAUCACCAACUACUUGACCCGAACCGGACCCGUCUGGCCCUGCCUCCUCAUCCUCGCCCUUGUCCUCCUUCUCAUCUUCUCCCUCAUCUUCAACUCCCGGAGAUUCGUCUGCGUCUCGCCUUACGACCCGGUUUCUCGCACCGGCUUCUUCGGGUUCGAUGGCCUCGAAUCGGAUUUCGGAUCACUCGGCGUGCCUUGGUGCAGAUCGAAACACGGAAAAACAGUUGAGUGGACAACAAAGGAUUUAAUCAAGGGCUUGGAAGUAUUUAUACCUGUAUAUGAAACCCGACCGAUAAAAAACAACAUGUACGGGAUGGGUUUUGACCACAGCUUUGGGCUCUGGUUCAUUGCCCAGUGGCUGAAGCCGGAUCUAAUGAUUGAGAGUGGCGCUUUCAAGGGUCAUUCCACUUGGGUUUUGCGACAAGCGAUGCCAGACACUCCAAUUAUUACCCUCACACCCAAGCAUCCUGGGAAGUUUCUAAAGAAGGGCCCUGCAUAUGUUGAUGGAAACUGCACUUACUUCACCGGAAAGGAUUUUUUGGAUUUUGGAAAUGUUGAUUGGGGAAAAGUGAUGAAGAAACAUGGGAUUACUGAUCUCAGCCGUGUUCUUAUUUUUUUUGAUGAUCAUCAGAAUGAACUGAAAAGAGUAACGCAGGCUCUGAAAGCUGGUUUUCAGCACAUAAUUUUCGAGGAUAAUUAUGAUACUGGAACUGGAGAUCAUUAUUCCUUACGGCAGAUAUGUGAUCAAUCCUAUAUCAGAGGAGGUGGUCACAGCUGCUUUAAAGACAGCGAUGAAGCUAGGAUUAGGUCAAAAAGGAAGAAGUUCUGGGAGAAAGCGGUGAAUAUUGAAGAACUUUGUGGGCCUGGUGAAGCAUGGUGGGGUGUUAGAGGAUACAUGCAUGAUAACUUUACUAAAAGUAGUAAGAAGAUUUCCUAUUCAGAACAUUUUCAGAAUAGUCGGUUUGUGGAAUCGAUUCUUGAUGUUUACUGGGAGGUGCCACCAGUGGCAGGUCCAUCCCUCACUCAUCAAACUAGAUAUGAUCCUGCUCGUGCCGUAACUCCUAUUGUUGAAGAUGGCCGGUAUGGCUUAUUCAAUCGGCUUGGCUUAACCAGACUCGACCCUUCUGUAUUUAAUGGAUAUACCCAGAUGGUUUACGUUCAGAUAUCAAACCAGUAAUUUUUUAGCUGUCCAGAUUCAGAUACAUUGUUUAGCUUCCAGUAGUUUGUUCAUAUUAUGCAACAUGCAUGCAGUUUUCUCAUAGCUUUCCGGCUCGUGUAUUUCCUUUGAAGUUUUAUAUGAGCGACGAUUGUUCUGUACUAGUAUCAUGCCAUAGCUGAACCAACUCGGCCGUUUUCAGCUGUCCAGUUUCUUGGUUUAACUGAUUCAGUUAACUUGUCUGUUGUAAUACUUAUAAAUUCAAUUAAUUCAAAGUUCUCUGUUUCAAUAGCGUUUUCCUUAA